AGACUAAUUUUACGAUUCCGAAACGUAGCCGGGAACUGAACUGCAUUAUACCUGUGUGCGCUGAACAGCAGUCAGUGGAGUUAUCCCGUUAUAAUCUUUUCUACUAAUUAAGAACAAUUUGUGUCCUCCGUGAAGCACACGCCGAGAGGACCACAUAAGGCACAUAAAGUUAACUUUAUCUUCGAAUCCGUGAACAUGACUGAAGCAGAGGUGAAUCCAAAAGCCUAUCCGCUUGCUGACGCAACGUUUAGCAAAACCAUACUGGAUCUUGUACAGCAAGCGUCCAAUUACAAGCAACUACGAAAAGGGGCUAACGAAGCCACCAAAACCUUGAACCGAGGCAUUUCGGAGUUUAUUGUGAUGGCUGCAGAUGCUGAACCACUGGAGAUAAUCCUUCACCUGCCACUUUUGUGCGAGGACAAGAACGUCCCGUACGUAUUUGUGCGCUCCAAACAGGCUCUGGGACGUGCCUGCGGAGUCUCCCGACCAGUCAUCGCCACAUCAGUUACAAUUAAGGAGGGUUCACAGCUGAAACCCCAGAUUCAGUCCGUGCAAAUGGCCAUUGAGAGACUGCUGGUCUGAUUGUAAUGUCAAUGUUUUGUUUAGAGUGCUAAUUUUAUGAUCCCUCUAAGGACCUACAAAGUGAAAUCGAGAGCUCAAUGUGUCUCCAGUGCGUGGCAGAGAGACUUAUCUUUUUUUUGUACUUUAAAGUUGCAAAAUGUUUAUUUUAAUAUACUCUUAGUGGUGUUUGUCUACUAUAGUUAUGAUUUAAAAUUUAGUUUCCUUUGAGUGUCUAAUUUUGUGUGCUUAUAAAGCUUGGUUUGGCCCGAGAGGUAGGCCUCAUUACACUCUCUCAAGUACAGUGUGUGUGUGUGAGAGAGUACAGCAUUGGUGAGUGCAGUUCCAUUUAGAUUUCAAUUAUUAAAUGGUAAUUAAAAUAAGCUUUCUCUGCAGCACUUUCUGAAACCUUGAUCAUGCCCAUGCCGCUUUGUUUAGCCCGUGAACUAAUUUCUUUGUAAGAGUUUAAAAGUAAACUUUCUGUUCAUGACCAUA